GGCAGGAUGCGGCCCCUCGGCGCCUCCCCGGUGCGGCUCGUGCGCCUAGGCCGCGCGGCCUACGGGGAGUCGCUGGCGGCGCAGGAGCGCUGCGUGAGGCGGCACUUGGAAGGCCCCGGCGAGGCGCCGGACCGGCUGCUGCUGUGGGAGCCGGCGGGGCCGACCUACACGGUGGGGCUGCGGGGCCUGGCGGCGGCGUGGGCGACCGAGGAGGAGCGGCGGCUGCGGGCGCUGGGCGCGGCCUUCCAGCGGGUGCCGCGCGGCGGCCUCCUCACCUUCCACGGGCCGGGCCAGCUGGUGGCCUACCCGGUGCUGGACCUGCGGCGCUUCGGCCUGCCCUUGCGCGGCUACGUGGCCGCCCUGGAGGGCCUGGCCGUGGCCGCCUGCCGCCGCCUGGGCCUCCGCCACGCCCGCGCCCUCCCGCCGCCCUGCACCGGCGUCUGGCUCGGCGGCCGAAAGGUCUGCGCCAUCGGUGUCCACUGCGGAAGGCACAUAACUUCGCAUGGCUUGGCUCUGAACUGCUGCACUGACUUGACCUGGUUUGAUCACAUCGUUCCUUGUGGACUGGAAGGGAAGGAGGUGACCUCCCUCAGCCAGGAACUCCAGAGACACGUCUCCGUUGAAGAAGCCACUGAGCCUUUUCUGGCUGCUUUUCAAGAGGUGUUUAAGUGUACUUUAACUGAAGAAUCUCUGAGAUCAAAAGGCACCAGCACCCCCAUUAUUUAGGAGAAUGAUUUGUGCUAGCUUCUAGGUGCUCCUAGGAAUGCAGAGUGCCUUUCCCAGCAGAAGAUUCUGAAACAAACUCUGUGGUUCAUAUAAGGGGGUUAUCUUCUAUUGUGUAAACUUUAUUGGAGUUUCCCUUCCCAGUGAAACUUGGGGGUGUUGCCUCUUUGUGGGGAGGAAGUCCAGGGUUCUCUGACAAAGAAUUUUCAGCACGUCUAAUAAAAUCAUGAUUUACAAGAACUUGUGCCGAUUAAACUGGGACAGGUUCCUGUUAAUUUAAAGCCUGUUAAAAUUUUUGGCAUUGGUAAUUGGGUUGAAACGUCUGUAUGUUUCAGUUGAUGUUCAUAACAUGUGUUUAUGUGCCUUUAAAUGUAUCCGACAUUCAAAUACAA